AUGGGCUCUUCGUGGGUAGCCCUUGAACAACAGCAGCACCAGCUCGAAUGCCUGCAUAACGCACUAAGCUUCUGUGAAGAAAGAAGCGCCAUGGGGCGGGCUCUCCGCUGUCGUGAAGCUGCGAUUCGUUCUCGUCUUCUGCUCGACCAGUUGCACCAACAGAAAGAUCUCGAAAAGCACCGGCAGCAGCGAAAUAAAGAGCUUAUAAACGAGGCUGUAGGGUGGUCCAUCAAAAAGUGUAUGAUUGUCCGCUUCCCAGCAGAGGAUAGGCUAGCUUCUUGUCUCGCUGAGCUGCAUAAGGACAUGCAAAAGAGACUAUCACCAUCGACAUUUGCAUUCGCCUCCACAACAGUUCCUAUUUCUUUGGAUAUCUUCGGAAAUGCUGUGGUACUGGCACGCAAUUCACGAGCAAAUUGUGACGAACGGUAUUGUGUUGGUUGGUUUGCUAUUUGCCAUGUAGCUCUAGGGAUAGGCGGGAUACAUUUCGCCACAAUCGAUGGUCCAUCUCAUGUCGGCGCACACCGAGAGAAAUGUACGCUGGUCAGAGAUUCCAAGAAAUGCACUGUAGAAGAUGCUCCUGUAAGCAGAAAGGAGAAUUCGACGAAGGAAGUGAAACAAGCAACACCGUUAGCUAGCGAGGCACGCAGUCACGCCAUUACGCUUCAAGAUGUGUUGUACGAGGGAACGGCACAUGCCGCCGAUGCACGUGGGCCUAUAAAGGCACGCGCCAUCACGCCGAUGCAGUCGCAACAAGGCUUUUGCAGCAGUACGCAGCGAACAGCUAUUAAGAGCGGGGCUCGCUCCCAUUUGGCUGUCUUGGGGUUCGGACCCAGUUGCAUAACAACAGCAGGCGGCAUACACGACGGAGAAGAGUGCGGCACUACUUUAUCUAUACCAGAGGAGCUACCUGGAAACAAUAAACAGAAGACCUUGCCACCUUCUCAGCCACAGCGCCUGAUUGCUUAUUUAAAGCAAGGGUACAACAGCAGUACUUCACAAUGCACGGAAAAACCGUCUCUGAAACCAGAAGGCAUUAAAAAAACGAAGAACACGAAAAACUUUCAACAAUCGAUAAUUGGCGAGCAGCACUGGCUUAAUCUUGCGCACCAGGUGUCUGCUAUGCAACUCAUGCUGCUUCAGAUCCAGUCGCAGCAGCAAACGCGUCGGAAGCAUCGAAACCAUAGACGGCCUGAAACCACUGGCGGUAUGAUGGAUCCUCAUUACCUCACACGCGGGCUCCCUGACGAUGAGAAUCCCUCCUUGCGUAGACCAAUCAGAAAGCUAGUGCAGAUGCCAACGUCUGCACUUAAGGCACCAGAAAUCUGUACAGUGCAGCGAAGCCACGAUGAAGCCGGUAGUGUACCAGACACGAAAAGAGUUACUGGGCUGUGCCAAACCAUUUCACCCACAGCCGUGGACAGGCUGUUGUGUUUUACUCCAACAGCCGCUUCUGUGUCUGGCAAGAGCGCCUUAGGUAGUAAAAUGCACUGCGGGUCAGCAGCUAUUCACCAAGUUCGAAGCAGAUCAGGAACGCCACUGCGUCAAGCAGACCAAUCCAAUGAGAAAGGUGGCACAGAAGUGCCGGCUCAGCGCACAGAGACUACAGCAAGCAUCACAGAUAAAACACGGCCAGCACUGCAGCAGCUGUCGGUCAUGGCAAAGCCUGCCGUUUGA